GCCAUCGCCAUCUGAUCCGAUCCGCCAUUUUGUGUUGUGGAUGACAUAGUUCUUUCUUCGAUCAGUGUUGUUACUUUUGUAAAUUAAUUUCAGUGACUCUCAGCUUUCUAAGGAAAGAAUUUCAAUUCCUCAGGUUUGACAUGCCAGGUAGAUCACCUCAUCGCCGGUCUCCGCCGCCACCUCCGCUCAUAUCUCACCACUCGUCUGAGAGAAGUCGAGCCCACAGUCCUGCGAGACAGCGUAUAGAGAUGGCGUCGUCUAGUCGUGGCAGAGAUAGGAGGGAAUACAGGCCAUCCAUCAGGAGGAGCAGAUCUCCAGUUCCUCCUAAACGGCGUUCAUACAGCCCUCCUCCUAUAAAAAGGAAGGCUUCACCAAUUCCAGAAAGAGAGUUAUCCAGGAGACCAAAAAUCAGCAAAAGUCCAGUUGGCUCAAGAGGUGAAUCACGAGGAGCACCAGAAUUGCGUUACAAUUCAGCUGUAGACCCAGAACCAAGACCAGUUAGAAACGUUUCUAGCUCAGAAAGAUUCAGAGAAAGAGAUUAUGAAGACAACGAUGGCGGCGCACCCAAGUUCAGAGGCCCUGAAAACCCUGUGGACUAUAAUAUUAAUGAUUUGAAAAAGUUCACAAUAGAAAUUGUGAGGAAGCCGAGCAGUAAUCAUGGAGACACUACUAUUAACAGGAGUAUUAUAAAUCCCGAAGAUAUAGCCCCAGUUCGCCGCCCUGGCAUGAGAGGGGGAGUGGAUGGACAAAAGUUUAGAGGAUAUUAUAAUAACAGAGGAAAUUUCAAUGUCAGAGGAGGCUAUAGCAACAAUCACUACUCACAGCCACAAAAGUGGAAAAAUAACCAAGAGCCACCAAAAUGGAAAAACAAUCAAGAAUCUCAAAAAUGGAAAAAUUAUGAAGAGGAAGAAGAUUCUUAUAGCUUCAAUGCUCAAAGUGAAGGGUCUCGGCCCUUGUUUAGAAGAGGUGAUGUCGCUGCCAGUAAGGACAAGUCCAAUACUGAAGAAUACCAAAGGAUCGUGGCAAUUGACAAUUCCCGAGGUUCAGGUCAUGACAGGGGCCACUCCCGGGAGAGGCCGCCUCCUAGAUACUCCCCUGCCCCAGGUCCAAGUCACUACGAGGACAGUCGUAGGCCAUACUAUAAUGAGAGAGAACGCGGCCACAGUCCCUACGAAGCCAGGCAUCGCUCACCUCACAGAGACGAAUAUGUGGACAAACACAGAGAACGGAGAGGUGGUAGUAGAGAAGAUGUUAAACGAGCAGAUUUUGUUGUAAGGAAAAAAGAAGAACGCAGGUAUUCACCUGAAAGAAGACUGAGCUAUGAAAGAGAUCAGAGAGAAAGUGAUCUAAGAAGUCGUAUCAAUGAGAAGCGCAGUGAUCCUCAUCCUCGUGUAGACGAGAGAGAGCGAGAGAGAAGGUACGAGAGUGACAGAGAGAGAGGUGAAAGACAUGGGAGACCACAUCACUCUUCUCCACCUAGAGAACGUAGAAGACCUGCAUCGUCAGAAAGACACGAGGGGUCUCGGGAUCGAAGAGAGGCUUGGGAGAGGGACAGGGAAAGAGACAGAGAGGGGAGGGAGAGAGAAGGCAGACGUCGUCACAGUCGUGAACGUGAACCUCGGGAACACUCGGACAACCACUACGAAGACUCCCGUCGUCCACCUAAGGGAGAGUACGAGCCUAAGAAGUUUUAUAAGACUUAUGAACCAAAGGAGUUUAUUCCUCCUCCGGUAAGAGGAAGAGGCAUGCCCAUGCGUCGAGGGGUUCCUCCGAUCAUGCGAGGUCGAGGAGGAAUCGUUCGAGGCAUGAGUCGAGGGUUCCGAGGUGCAGUGAUGGUUCCUCGACUCCCGCGCGGCGGACCGUUCAUCCCGCGGGGAUUUCCUCCACGCUUUUUCCCUCCCUACUGAAGUAGGGUCGGACCACAUUCGUCUAGCAACAGCAACGGUGGUUAAAUCAUUUUCUAUCAUCACUUAACAAAUUGUUAAAUACUAUAUAAAACAAAAUAAGUUGCUGUUAAAAGAGUCAAUGCUGACAGACUGACAAACCUAAAUAUUCCAAAUGCUCUGGACAAAAAAAUAUACAAUAUAUAAAAAUAUAUAGUUUAUGAUUAUGAAGGUUGAAAAUUAACCUUUGCAACACUAUUUGGAUAGCUGUUUUAUCCAUCUAUAUGUUCUUAAAUUAUGUUAAAAAACAAAAAUAAAAAAAAAACAGAAAAAAGGUAAACAAAUUGUUCCAUAACUGUUAAUUGUUUAUAAACAGAAUCUGUUUAAUAUUAGGCUUCCGAUUGUUUAAUUAAAUUAUAUUAUUAAGAUUUUACCCUGGGAAUCGCCUAAAUGAUAUUCAUGGUACGUUGUUUUAUUAUAAUAGUCUUGUUUUAUAAAA